UUUCCUCGAUUACUCCCUGCAUCUCAGCAUGGCUGCCAAGUCCCUCGCAUCCUGCAUCUUCUGCAAGAUUAUCAAGGGCGAGAUCCCAAGUUACAAGCUUGUGGAGACAGAUCUGGUCUACUCUUUCCUUGAUAUCGGUCCCUUGUCGAGGGGACAUGCGUUGAUCAUCCCGAAGUACCACGCUGAGAAGAUGCACGAAACUCCGGACGAGUAUCUCUCCGCGACUCUGCCUGUCGCGAAGAAGAUUGCGCUCGCCAUCGGCGCGGACGACUACAAUGUCCUUCAGAACAACGGAAAGCUCGCACAUCAGGAGGUCAACCAUGUCCACUUCCACGUCAUCCCCAAGCCGAGCGAGUCCGACGAUGAGGGCCUGGUUAUCGGCUGGCCGACUCAUAAGGUCCCGCAAGAGGAUCUGAAGAAGCUCCACGAAGAAAUCCUCCUCAAGUUGUAGCAGUGUGUAAAUGAAGAAUAAAGAUACGUCUGAAUGUAAUGUAUA